GUCGCGGCCGGCCGGCGGCUCUCGGGACCAUGCUCCCGCCCUGGUGGCUCCUGGCGCUGCUGGCAGCUUAUGCAUCUGGCAAGAAGCGAUGGGACAUUCCCACCUCUCAGGCUGAGCAGCACAGCACUGGAAAGCUGCAGUGGGAGCCCCAGUGCCAGUACCACCUGCGCCACCUUCAGGACAGCACUAGGAUUUCAGCGCUUCUGCCACCCCGGCUGGAAGGUCACUGGAUUUCUACAGGCUGUGAGGUGCGGCCGGGACCGGAGUUCCUCACCAGAUCCUACCUGUUUUACUCCAACCGCCUAUUCAAGGCCUAUCAGUUCUACUACCGGGACCCAUCCUGCCGGGACCCCUCCUACUCCCUUGUCAUCAAAGGCAAACUCCGACUGCGCCAGGCCUCCUGGAUCACCCGAGGGGCCACUGAGGCAGAUUACCACCUGCACAAAGUGGGCAUUGUUUUUCACAGCCAAAGGGCCAUGCAAGAGAUUGCUGCUCAGGUCAACCAGACCUCAGGAGGAGGCUGCAAAGGAUUCCUGCCACCUGGACGGUCCUGGGCUCCGGGAGCCCUCUAUGAGCUGCUGAGUGCCAAGACAGAGCGAGAUUGCACUGCAGCCCUCGGUUUUGCAAUGCACGAACUCAGCCUGGUGCGGGUGGAGAAGCAUUACCAGCCCCUGCUCCAGCCUCAGCAGGCAGGCAGCAGGGUAGUGGAGGAGCUGUAUUUAGGGGACAUUCACACCGAGUGGUCGGAGAGGCUCCAUUAUCGACCAACGGGGUAUCAACGCCCUAUGCAGAGCGCCAUGCAUCACGUGCAUCCUUGCCCUGCUUGUGGGAUCAUAUACCGGGCUGACGAGCACCGACCGCCUGUCCUGCCUGCCAGAGCUGAGCUGCCGGUGCAGUUGAGUGGCAGAUGGGUGAGCACUCAGUGUGAGGUCCGGCCAGCGGUGCUUUUCCUUACCAGGUACUUCAUAUUCCACGGCAGCAAUCGUAGCUGGGAAGGCUAUUACUAUCACUACUCUGACCCACUCUGCAGACAGCCGACCUUCACCAUCUACGCAUCUGGACAUUACACCAAGGGCGUCCCAUCUGCCAAAGUGAGAGGUGGCACCGAUCUAGCCUUUAAAGUGACCCAUGCUCGGGUUACACCCAUGGAUCAGGUCACAGUGACUAUGCUAAACUCCUCCGCACCGGGAAGCUGCGGAGAGGCUGGUUCUUGGAGCGCUGGGCUGGAACAGGAUAUAACACCCACGAAUGGAUGUUUGGCUCUGGGCAUCAAGCUGCCUCACAUGGAGUACGAGCUUUUUAAAACAGAGCAGGAUGCAAAAGAUCGCAGCUUGCUGUUUAUUGGUGAAAGGCCCACAGAUGGGUCAAGUCCGGACAGACCUGACAAGCGGCCCACUUCUUACCAGGCACCUCUCAUCCAGUGUGCGGGGGCCUCGGGGACUUUUGCUAGAUACAUCAGUCCAAACGACGUGGGGAAAGAGGAGACUAACCAAAGCAAAGUGCUAAAACCUUUGCCUGUGGCCUUGGUAUUGUUUAUAGCACUGCAGUUUGUAACACGGGACUAGGUGGUUCCAGCUGUCUGGUCGUGUGCAGACCGCUUUGGUGCUAAGACAAUUUUAUAUCCUCUUCAGAUAAGCACAUCGGGAAUCAGCUUUGCUUAGAUUUGUACACAUUUAAAAUACGGACAAAGCCAGGGAUUUUCCCUGUGUAACGUGCCUUACUACGUAUUCUGCCUCCUGUGCACACAUUGCCUUGUCUACCUGCUUCUGGUCCACACUUAAUGUGGCAACAUGGAGGCAUUGCAAAUUGUGUCGAGUAAUUUAGCAAUAUUAAGAAUACAGGUUAUAUAAAUUAGAAUUGCCAUCACUGCUUGUAGCUUUCAGCAUUUGCUAGGAUAUAACUGAGAGCUCUGUUCAGACCAGAUGCCCAAAGCUGGCCGGUCAGGCUCCUUGAAGCUAAGUAGUAUUUUUCCCCUCAUUUCCUGUUCCUAGAAGCUCAAAUACCCAGCUUCAGCAAGGGCCCUGGACCGCUGGCAGCAAAUCAUGCCUAUCCCACUUCGUAUGUGCACAUACACCUAUGUCAGAAGAGAUGGGACAUAGUGACGCAGAAGAGUUCAGAGCGGGUUGCUUUCUGCUCACGUGUAUGUGGAAAGCGUUCCACUCCGAGUGUUUGCCUGAGAGCACUCUCGCAGAGAGGGAAGGGCUCUGGUAACAAACUGAGGCCAUCCCUGCAGUCCUCAGGCACACAGAUAGUUUUUCCAACCACUUAUUCCCAGGCUCUGGGCUACAAGGAUUCCAGUUCACUUCUGUUCAUAAGCUAACACCAGUUUAGAGAGCAGUGAUCCCACAUCCCUUUCUGCUCCUACUUUUGCUAAGUCACUAUAUGCCAUCUAGGCCAGGUUUGGGGUCACACUGAUCCCACGUGUCAUACUGUUGCCUUGCCUAAUAGUCCGAGACAUCACCGGCCCAUUUAUGACUCUGUCACCCUGUACUAUGCAAACCCAAGCCUACAUGCACAUGCAGACUUACAGCCAUCAUCUCCUUGGGCCACCUAUUUUUACACCCCUCGCUUUGGCAAAACCCCUAUAGCUUACUGGCCCAACCCUUAAUGAGAGCCUUCAGUCUGAAUCACAAAAAUGACAUUUCCACCUAUGUGCAAGUCUAAGGGUGCUUUAUAAAGCUGACAUAAGCAUGAGGGAGAGAUUUAUAAUCAGAAAGCACCAUCAGGUCCUGGCUGUUUACCAGCUGCCAAGUGAACGAGGUAUGGAAUUAUAUUCCCUAUCCUACUGCAGCAAAGAGGCAUUUAGCUAACUUGGAGAAGAUACCACAUGAUAGCUAAAUCCUGUCUCACAAAGGAUCUUUUAAAAUCUGCUAGGCAACAUCUACAUUUAAUGCUGUAUUUACAAAAACUGCAU